AUGAACGAAACGGCCCGACCCGAGAUCGAUCAGCUUGAACGGACGCUGAUGGCCGACAUCGCCUCGGCCGCCGACGAGGACGCCAUCGAACAGGUGCGCGUUGCGGCAAUCGGCAAGAAAGGCGCGGUCUCCGAGCGCAUGAAGACGCUCGGCAAGAUGAGCGCCGAAGAGCGCCAGGUGAUGGGCCCGGCGCUGAACGGGCUUAAGGUCCGCGUGACCGACGCGAUCGCGGCCCGCAAGGCCGAACUGCGCGACGCGGCGAUCGAGGCCCGGCUGGCGACCGAGACGGUCGACAUCACGCUUCCCGUCCGUCCGUCGCCCGCCGAGACCGGCCGCAUCCAUCCGAUCAGCCAGGUGAUCGACGAGAUCACCGCGAUCUGCGCCGACAUGGGGUUUGCCGUUGCCGAAGGCCCCGAUAUCGAGACCGACUAUUACAACUUCACGGCGCUCAAUUUCCCCGAGGAUCAUCCGGCGCGGGAAAUGCACGACACGUUCUUCAUGGCGCCGGACGCAAACGGCGAGCGCAAGGUGCUGCGCACGCACACCUCGCCAGUCCAGAUCCGCACUAUGGAAGCGCAGGAGCCGCCGAUCCGCAUCGUCAUUCCCGGCAAGACCUACCGGCACGAUUCCGACGCCACCCAUACGCCGAUGUUCCAUCAGCUGGAGGGACUUGUCGUCGACAAGGUGACGACGGUCGCGCACCUGAAAUGGACCAUCGAGGAGUUCUGCAAGGCCUUCUUCGAGGUGCCCGACGUCGCCAUGCGGUUCAGGCCGUCCUACUUCCCGUUCACCGAGCCGAGCCUGGAGGUGGACAUUCAGUGCGACCGGUCAAAGCCCGGCGAAGUCCGGUUCGGCGAGGGCAAUGACUGGAUGGAGAUCUUGGGUUGCGGCAUGGUGCAUCCGAACGUUUUGCGCGCCGGCGGGCUCGAUCCGGACGUCUAUCAGGGCUUUGCCUGGGGCAUCGGCAUCGACCGGCUGGCGAUGCUGAAAUACGGCAUGCCGGACCUGCGCGCCUUUUUCGACGCCGAUGUGCGCUGGCUGAAACACUAUGGCUUCCGGCCGCUCGACAUGCCGACCCUGUUCGGAGGAUUAAGCCAAUAG